AUGGCACCUGCAGACGACAUCGCAAUCGUGGGGUACUCUUUUAAACUGCCCCAAGAUGUAGAUGACGACUGCAGCCUCUGGGAUGUCCUCUCCAAGAGGCGCAAUCUGAUGACGGAAUGUCCCAAGUCUCGCAUCGACUCUGAUUCAUUCGUGACCAAUAAGCAUCACAGUUUCCACGGCCAUCGAGGGCACUUCAUCAACGAAGAUCUAGGUCUCUUUGAUGCUCCAUUCUUCUCCGUCACAGCCAAUGAGGCUGCCGCCAUGGAUCCGAUGCAACGCUGGACACUCGAGACGACCUACCAUGCAUUCGAGAAGGCUGGCAUUCCAGUGGAGAGCCUCAGAGGCUCUCGCACAGCCGUCUUCUCUGCCUCCAUGGUGGAAGAUUACGCCAAGACGAUUGCCAUGGACCCUGAUAAUGCCGAACGCACGGCUGUUACUGGGAGUAGUGUCGCCUGCGUUAUACCGAACCGCAUCAGCUGGUACUUUGACCUGAGAGGGUCUAGCAUCCAUGUCAAUACGGCUUGCUCGAGUAGUUUGUCGGCAGUCGACAUGGCCUGCAAGACCAUCCAUAGCGGGGAUGCUACAUGUGCCGUUGUUACUGGUUCUAACCUUCUUCUUGACCCGGCAAUGUUCCAGGCCUUGUCCGCGCAAAAGUUUCUUUCUCCAGAUGGUCUUUGUCAAAGUUUCGACCACAAAGCAAACGGGUACGGAAGAGGCGAAGGCAUCCUCGCUAUAGUCCUGAAGCCAGUAUCUCUAGCUGUGCAGGAUGGUGACAUGAUUUGUGCUGUGAUCCGAUCAACGGGCUCAAACCAAGAUGGACAUACGCCUGGGCUUACCCAGCCAAGCUCUCAAACGCAAGAAGACUUAAUUCGACACGUCUAUGCGCAGGCCGGUCUUUCCCUCGACAAGACGCGCUAUGUUGAAGCACACGGUACCGGCACAGCUGUGGGCGAUCCCAUUGAAGUGAAAGCGAUAGGCCGGAGCUUCCACGAAAGUCGGUCAGCUGAGGAACCUCUCUACAUUGGCUCUAUCAAGGCAAAUAUCGGACAUCUCGAAGGGGCUAGCGGAUUGGCCGGUAUUGUCAAGUGCAUUUUGAUCCUGGAAAGGGGGAUUAUUCCACCCAACGCCCUCCUCGAGAAGAUCAAUCCAGCCAUCGAUGCCGAGUCUUACAAUAUCACAGUGCCUACCCAAGAGGUGCCCUGGCCAAGUCCUGGCCUGCGCCGCGCAUCAGUGAACUCGUUUGGAUUUGGAGGAUCCAAUACACACGUUAUACUCGAAGAUGCCCUCCACCACCUGCGAGAACGAGACCUACCCGGACGACAUUGUACAAUUGGUGGUGGCGAGCUGGAAUCACCCUCGGGGGCAACAACGCCUCGCGCCAACGGAACCUCUCCUGGAUUAACCGACAAACCUCCAUUGAACCAAACAAGACUCCUAGUAUGGAGUGCAGCGAGCGAAAAGGCCGUCAAGCGCGUCUUGAAGGGCUAUGAUACGUUUUACAAAGAUCAUGUGAUGGGACACUCCCUGAAGGUGCGUCAACUGGCCUACACUUUGGCUGCUCGGCGGAGCAAGAUGCUCUGGAGAAGCUUUGUCUUAGCCUCGGAUGAACUGGAAGAUGGCCAAGUGCAUCUGUCCCCAGAAAAGCCAGUUAGAAGCUCGGCUGAUCUCGGGCUUGCAUUCAUCUUCACCGGCCAGGGGGCGCAGUAUGUCGAUAUGGGAAAGGGUCUCACCCAAUAUCCCAUCUUUUACGAUACUCUGAAACGGAUCGACGUCAUUUACAGUAGCCUGGGCUGUAAAUGGUCUAUUUUUGAUGAACUUGGUCGUAACGAAAACAUCAACAAGCCCCAAUACAGCCAGCCGCUAUCUACCGCCAUACAAAUCGCCCUUGUCGAACUGCUCUACUCCUUUGAGAUCAGACCCAAAGCUGUCGUGGGACACUCUUCGGGCGAGAUCGCCGCAGCUUAUGCUGUGGGUGGGUUAGACUUGGAUUCCGCAUGCAAAGUCUCGUACUUUCGUGGCCAGUUGGCCGGACAGCUCCGAGAAGCAAGCGCCUCGUACCCCGGGGCCAUGAUCUCGAUCAACAUCACCGAGGAGCGUGUCCCAAGUUAUCUCAGUGAAGCCAUUGGAACUGAAUCCGUCGCUCUGAUGAGCGUUGCUUGCGUCAACAGUCCACUCAACUGCACCUUGUCAGGCCCCGAAGAUGUCAUCGACAAGAUCAAGCAACAAGCAGACAAGGACGGCAUAUUCGCACAAAAGCUCAAGACGGGGGUUGCUUAUCACUCUCCAGCCGUCAUGUCUAUUGCUAGCGAGUACCUUUCUCGGCUAAGUUCUCUCAACGUUGCUGGGAGUCAAGACCCUAAGGUCCUCGUCCGUGUUCCCAUAGUUUCGUCAGUCACUGGCAAGCCGGUUUGCUCAGAAGAGCUAUCCAAAGGGGAAUACUGGGUUGACAACAUGGUAUGCCCUGUUAGAUUCGCCGAUGCCAUGGAGUGUCUCGUCCAAGACACGUCCAGGGACAAGCUGGGUCUUGAAAGUAUCAGCGAUCUGGUCGAGGUCGGCCCUCGCCCAGCGCUUCGUCGGCCUACACUCGACACCAUCAAACAGAUGGAGAACCAGGCCAAGGACAUCAGGUACACGAGUGCUCUGCACCGUUCUCGCCCUGCGGUAGAGGCGGUGCUUAGCCUCGUCGGGCAACUCUUCAGCCUUGGGCAUUCAGUCUCGGUGGCUGCAGCCAACCAGCAGUCGCCCGACGACAAGACCCCAUUUCUUACUGACUGCCACAAGUAUCCCUUUGAUCACUCGCGACGCUACUGGAGCGAGCCACGGAUCAGUCGAGGCUUCCGGCUUCGCGGGACUGUCCAAGGAGAGACGCUCGGGGUGAGGGUAUCGGACUGGAAUCCUUUUGAGCCUCGAUGGAGAAACUUUCUGAGCGUCGAAACUGACCCAUGGAUUGGAGACUACAAGGUGCACAACAAGAUACUCUAUCCCGCGGCAGGCAUGCUGAUUAUGGCGAUCGAGGCCGUGCAAGAAAUGGUAUCAAAUGACCGAGAUGUAGCAGGGUACCAUGUCAAGACUGCCAAGUUUCUUGGUCUCAUUCCUGUUCAAAACGCCUGGGAGGAUCGGGUCGAGACAGAAGUGCAUCUGCGCCCCGUUGGCAAAAAGCACACGGCCGAGACAAGGUUGUUUGAGGUCGCCAUUUACUCAUACGCUGAGGAUGAGUGGACACAGCGCCUACGUGCCACCAUUCAUUUUCGGCUGGCACAGUCCCUUAGUCGUCCCAUCGACUCGCACGUUUUCUACGGCAACGCUGCAGAGAACAGUCUCCAAUACGGCGACUCGUUCCGCCUGGGCCAAGACAUAAGAUUUGAUGGAAAUGCAACUGCGGUGAUGCAUGUCGACGCUACUAAGCCAAGAUACCGGACAAGCAGCUUAGUGCAUCCCGCCAUCCUCGAUCAGGUGUUUCACAUCUUGCGAGUCAGCGCAGGGCAACAACCUACUUGCAACGUUCCCAUACGCAUAGCCGACUCCUGUCGGCUUGACAGACCACAUGGUGACCACGGGGAAGAGGGCUCCGUGUAUGCCCUAGCCGACGAUGGGUCUAUUCUCUGCGCCAUUCGAAAGGCCAUCACGAAAAGUCAAAGCAAGAGUACGAACGAGGCUGAGCGGAAGCUCCUCCACCGAAUCGAGUGGAAGCCCUCGUUAGGCCUGAUGGACCCCGAGCGACUUCGCCAGCUCUGUCGUGCCGACACCUUCCGCAGGGACGAGACGACCAUUCUAGAAAACCACACUGAGCUUUGCUCAACGUUGGACCUUGUGGCUGCUCGGACCCUCAGGUACUUGGACAGGGCCAAGGUCCCCGAGAGCUUAGGACGUCAUGUCGAGUGGAUAGAGCACCACGUCGGCAAGAUGCCUCCUGACAAGAUCCAGGCAAGCGAAGACAUCACCGACGUCCAAGUCGAGGCUCAGCUCUCCCACAUCGAAGAUGUACUCCCAGCCUGGAAGGUAUACACAGCGUGCGCCCGCAGGUUGCCCGAGAUUCUGGCUGGAGAACUCGACCCUCUCCAAGUCGUGUUCGGGUCCAACCUAGCCGACAUCUUCUACGCCGACCUGUUCCAGUGCUUGUGUGCCGAUGGUAGACUGGGCACCAUCCUGGACUUGGCAGCCCACAAGAACCCAGCACUACGCAUUCUGGAAGUCGGCGCUGGCACAGGCGGUAUGACUACCCAUGUUCUCACAACCCUACAGGAACGCGAGAAGCAGACUGGAGCCCUCAGCUUCGCAGAGUACACCUACACCGACAUCUCACCCGCCUUCUUCGAGAGAGCGAUGGGUAGAUGGCCUGAUCUUCAAUGCCAGGGCCGCCUUUCUUUCAAGACACUGGAUCUAGAUCGAGAUGUUGAGGAACAAGGUUUUGAACUGGGCUCGUACGAUAUUGUUGUCGCCGCUUGCGUACUCCACGCGACCCCUGAUCUUGAAGCCACCAUCAGGAAUGUCCGCAAGGCUCUUAGACCGGGAGGCCAACUCAUCCUCCUUGAAGUCAUCAAUUCGGACGACAUCGCCACCAACUUCAUGGCUGGCUUGCUGCCUGGCUGGUGGGUUGCGCGCGAAGAAUGGCGGCCUCACUCUGCGGCUGUCCCUGAGAGCUUGUGGGACAAGUGCUUACGAGCGAAUGGUUUCUCAGGGAAUGAUGUUGUCAUUCGCGACUACAAGAACGACCCUUGCCAUAUCAUGAGCGUUAUUGCGUCGACCGCUGUUGAGGAGAAGGGUGAGCCGCCCAACUUAGUUCUACCACUGGGUCGCCUUAUCCUAAUCGUAGAGGACCAAGACUCGAAACAGCAGGAAUUGGCCAAGUUGGUGCUUACGCACAUUGAUCUUAAAGGCUUGCGGGAAUCAGUCAUCUGUGGCUUCUCUAUCGAUCAACUCAAGAACUUGUUCAAAGAGCUGACUGCAAACGACACGGUGAUCUGUCUUUACGAAGUCUGCAACAAGCCUCUCCUCUCGGCACUGACAGAGGAGGGGUUUGCAUGUCUCCAGCUCUUGAUCAAUGAGGCACCCAGACUUCUGUGGGCGACGGCGUCUGACAUUGGUAACCCUCAAUCCUGCCAGUACACCGUGGCCCAAGGUUUCCUUCGCUCUAUCCGAGCUGAGCAGGCGGAUAGCCACAUUGUCACUCUCACAAUUGAGGACAGCGUGGACAUAUCCGCGGCUUCUGGCCUUAUUGGCAAGGUCUACAGUCAAGUUUAUAAUCCAUGCGCAUCCAAAGAGGUCGAAUAUCUUGUCCGUGAUGGUCUUGUGUUGACUGGCCGAGCCGUGGAAGAUGUAACUGACAACACCACCCUUGGGUCUCUACUUUAUCCACGGCUACAAGAAAUGAGAUGGGCCGAUGUAGAGGCCCUGCAAGUGUCUCUGGAAAUCAAUGGUUCUUCCGAGUCUCUUUGGUUCAUACCUGAUGCCAGGCACGACUCCGAACUGGGGCCUCAUGAGGUUGAGAUCGAAGCGAAGGCUUGGGGCCUAAACCGAAAAGAUGUCCAAGUCUCGACUACUGGCGGGAAAUUGCCGUUUCGGUGUGACAGUGCGGGGAUUGUCACCCGGGUAGGCCCUGAUUGUGACUCCUCCAUCCAGCCAGGGGAUCGUGUCUUUAUGAUGGUCGGUGGAGGCAUGCGCAAGUACCCUCGGGCCAAAGAUUACGCAACGGUGAAACUCACUGAUUCUCUGCCCUUCGAGUCUGCUGCUCUCGAUCUCGGCCCGCUAACAACGGCUGUUCAUGGUCUUGUUCACGUUGGCAGAAUCAGACAUGAAGAAUCUGUCUUGGUCCUUUCUGCGGACAGUGCCGUUGGUCAAAUGGCAAUCCAGGUUGCCCAAGCACAAGGGGCAAGGGUCUUUACAGCAAACUUAUCCUCUAGGGAGUCUUCAGCUUUGGAUAACAUUCCUGGAGUCUCCCCCAAUACUCUCCUGGACAGCCGAGACCCUCGGUGGACUUCAAGACUUGUCGAGGUCACUGCUGGUGCAGGUGUUGAUGUAGUCUUCAACUCCGACCCGAAAAUGGAUGCGCUGAGGGCUUCGUGUGAAUGCAUCGCCUCGGGUGGACACUUGAUCCAGGUUGCAUCUGCUGACGUUGAGGACAACAAUACGGAGUUCAUGGCUGAGAUUCCGAGAAAUGUCACAUUCUCUAGCAUUCAUCUUCUGGGGUUGAAGCCCAGCGCGAUGGCCAACGUCAUGAGGAAAGCCGUGGAACUUUUUACGGAUGGAAAGGUGCAGCCUUCCUCAAAUAUGGCAGCAUCAUCCGUGUCCGACUUGGAGACUGCUUUCAAGCAUCUGCAGAGCAGUGACAAAGAUUGUCGGGUGGUUAUUUGCGCAAACGACGAUGAUGUGGUUCAGGCAUUCACCAAAGAGAGUCAGUGUUGGAGGUUUGAUAACCAGUCUUCCUACGUGGUAGCCGGUGGAUUCGGAGGUCUCGGACGAGCCAUCGUAAGAUGGAUGGUCGACCGUGGAGCGAAGCACUUGAUCAUCCCCUCCCGCUCAGGUCCUUCGUCGCCAUCAGCUACGCAACUAGUAGAAGAGCUGACGAAGAAGGGAGUCAACUUGAUGACCGCCAAUUGCGACGUAUCCUCUGAGUCAAGCCUCACCGCUCUCCUCCAGCAUUGUUCAAAGACCAUGCCGCCGAUCAAGGGCUGCAUAAACACUACCAUGGUCCUUCAAGACGCAACCUUUCAGACCAUGACCUUUGCGCAAUGGGAUCUGGCCGUACGGACUAAAGUACAGACAUCAUGGAACUUGCAUCGUCUAUUACCCCAAGACCUCGACUUCUUCAUUCUCUUGUCCUCUCUCGCUGGUGUCAUCGGCCAGAUGGCCAGCGCCAACUACGCUGCUGGCUGUUCAUUCCAGGACGCCCUGGCCCGCCAUAGGACUACGCAGGGUCAAAAAGGGUUGUCAAUUGACAUUGGCUGGAUGUUCAAUGUCGGCAUCGUAUCCGAGACUACAGCCUAUCAGCGCCAACGACAAAAGGCCAACGACAUGCAACAGAUCGAUGAAGCGGAACUACUGGCUCUGUUAUCACUGUGCUGCGACCCAAGCUCCCCGCUCACGACUGAAGGUCAGCUUCUGUUCGGGCUGAAGACGCCCGCGGAUAUUCUCAGCCAAGGCCAGACCCCUCCGGCUUUACUGGACCGACCACUGUUCAGGGCGCUUUCUUACAGGCCAGGCUCGGAAGUGAAGUUGGACGAGAAGAUCGGCAGCCGUGAUGCUGAUCAUCAAGCAGCGGUCCUCUUUCGCAAGUCUUCCAACUCAACCGAGCGCACAGGAAUCGUGCUGCGCGCCCUAGCAGCGAAGCUGGCGCGAGCCAUGUCCAUGUCUCCCGAAGAUAUCGAGCCAAACAAGCCCCUGUCCGUCUACGGCGUGGACUCUCUAAUGGCUGUUGAGUUGAAGAGUUGGAUCAGUAGAGACUUUGGCGCCGCGGUGGCUGUUGGUGAUAUUAUGGGCGGCGUGGCCAUCGCGAGUAUUGCUGAUUUAGUUGUUGCAAAGAGUGCGGUUAUAAGUAAGACCGGGGAGUGGUAA